AUGAAAAGUUUUGAAGAAUCUUCCUUGGCAGAUGCCGACCUCACUUCGUCUAUGCAUUCCUCAUUGCCGACAUCCUUUCUCCCUACCUUGUCAUCGUAUCACAUCGAACCUGACCGUUCCACUGCGCCCACAACGGAGCAGGGUGACAAUGGGUCAGCAACGGCCAUUCGAUCCCCUUCUAAUCCCCCUAGUCUUGCUUACUCUCUCCUGCCAUCAGUACAGACCAGAGCAGGAUCAUCCCUUGAUGAGGAAGAUGAGGACAAGAUCCAGUCAGACAAAGUUUACUUGACUCUAUUGCUAGUUUCUGGCAGUAGACACACCUUUUCAUUUGAACCAACCAAUACUAUUUUACAAGUUAAGGCUCAUGUACUCGAGCAUUGGCCUCAAGGUUGGUCCGAUCAUGUCCAGUCUGUGGCAAGUCUACACUUGGUAUAUCUUGGCAAGUUCCUGGAAAAUGAUUCGACACUGGAAUCCAAUCGCCUUAAAAGUGGCCAGGCCACUAUUGUUCACCUAGUCUACCGGCCAUAUACUACAAAGGUCAAUGAAGAGUGGACAAAGUGUGCCAAAGUUCAAAGUUAA